AUGAACACAAACAUUCUCAAAGCAGUUAAGAAAACACAAGCACAGGGAAGUGAAAUCCAAGAAAAAAAGUUUGCAACACCUCAGAUCUUAGAAUCACGCAAUCAGACCUCAGAACAACGAAAUAGGAAGAAAAACAAGCCCGACGAUUAUCCAUCGUCAAUCAUCGGCAGCGACAGGGAUCACGAAGAUUCACGUGAUCGAACGAACGAUAUUGAAACAAAGCUAUUCAUCACAAUCGGAGAAAAAGAAGAAGAAGAAGAAGAAACACCGAGGAAAAAAAGUGUGGAGAAAAAGCAAAGGACCUUGAGGAAGGUGCUCUCGGGACACGGGAAUCGCGGCAUCGAAUUCCAUACACGCAUAAUAAUACUAUUAUCACCGCCCUACCCGAGAGAGAGACAGAGAAAGGAAAGUGCGCGUUAUGUGGCUCUUGUCUCGUCGGUAGCAGAAACUCGAAAAACCAGAAGCACGUAUAAAAUGCGGAAUAAAAUGAGUUCAAUUUUUGGAGAUCUGCACAGGAUCUCUCUGCAUCAAACUCUCUUCAUAAUUCAGAUCCGAAAACCAGAUCCCACUAAUUGA